AAGCUGGACUCGCGUUGCAUACAAAAUUUUUUACAAUUUUAUUUUUUUUUUAUUAUUAUUUAUUUUAUUAUUAUUGCAUGAAAGUAAUAGUGCUUCACAAAUAUACACACUCAAUUAAAUAUGAUUUAAUUUACAGAGAAUACCAAUCAAUAAGUUGAAUUGAAGAAUUUUAUAAAUUCAUAAAUUGAAUUUAUAAUGAUUCUUUUAUGAAAUCUUACACGUUAUUUUAUAUUUCAGAUAGUCAAGUAGAUCAGAGUAUUGAUUCAAGUGCAGAUCUCAUUUUACUUUGUUAACGUUCUAUUUAAAACUACUAGCAGAGAUAAGUUACUACGGGAUAAUUUUCAGUGAAUUAUCGAUAUCGUAUGGAACAAGCAUUGGCAAUAAGCUUCAAAUUAAAAUUGAAGUAUGUAUGGAUGUGUCGCAUGAGAAGAUAACUCAUUACUUUUCAAAAUUAUCAGUGUCACGUUGAGUCGCGUUUGACCCUUUAGAUCGGCACAUUUAUCGUCGGCUCAGUCUUUCGUAUAUAGGCACGAAAAGAGUCGUUGACUUUCAAUCAACACACAAUGUCCGGGAAACAUUUGCUUAAUUUGGUGGACGACGCAGUGGACGAAUCUCUGAAAGGAUUGGUUUUCACUUAUCCGCAGCUCGAAUUGAACGAGCUCGAACGUGUGGUUUUCAAAAGUGGAUGGAGCACUAGUAACAACAAAGUAUCCAUCAUCAGUGGCGGAGGAAGUGGGCACGAGCCAUUUCCCGCAGGCUUCGUUGGCGAUGGGAUGCUGACGGCAUCGGUUUCUGGCUCAAUUUACGCAGCACCACCCACAAGUCACAUACUGCAGACUAUUAAAUGUCUCGGUAGAGCUAGUCAAGCUGGAUGCCUCGUGAUUAUUCCCAAUUAUACUGGUGAUUGUUUGAAUUUCGGUUUGGCAAUCGAAAAAGCAAGAAGUUCAGGUUUAAAAGUCAACCAAGUAAUAGUUGGUGAGGACUGCAGCAUUCCGGACGAUGAACUUGGCAUUGCUGGAAAACGCGCUCUACCUGGCAUUUUGUUGGUCAUCAAAAUUGCCGGAGCUUUCGCACAAAUGGGCCGAAAUCUGGAGGAAGUCACUAAUUGGGCACAAUCGGUAGCUAGUCGCAUAGCUUCGUGCUCCAUUGGACUGACUCCUUGCAUUGUGCCCGGUCGGGGUCCAAUGUUCACACUUCCGAACGAUGAGGUUGAAUUCGGACAAGGAUUACACGGUGAAGCUGGAUACAAAAGAAUCAAGCUACAAAAAGCUCGUUUCAUGGUCGGACUCAUGCUUGAUACCAUCAUAAAAACGCUGCAACUGCAGGAACAAGAUAAAGUGAUAGUUUUGAUAAACAAUUUCGGUGGAUUAAGUCAGUUGGAGCAAGGAAUUGUGACAAAAGAAGUCGUCGAACAAUUGCGUGAAAAAAAUAUUCAACCAGUUCGGAUAUACUCGGGAACUUUAAUGUCAUCCUUAGAUAGUGCAGGUGUACACGUAACGUGCCUAAAACUUGCUGCCGCCGACGAUUCAUUUAUAAUAGAGGCUCUCGAUCAAACAACAAACGCUCCCAAGUGGCCGGGUGGAUCGCUUAGUAUACCAUCAACCAGAGAACCGAUAAAAAAAUCACUCGAAGUUGAUCAAAAAGAAAGUAAAUGUCUUUUGGGACCCGCUCUAAACAAGAAACAAACAGAGUUGAUGAAAAUUUGCUUGAACAAAGCCUGCGGAGAAAUUAUUCACGAGGAAAGGACGAUUAACGAUUUGGACCGAGCUUGUGGUGACAAUGAUUGUGGUUCGACUCUCAAACGACUCGCUAAUGGGAUUUCAUCAUCGAUCGAUCAGCUUAGUUUGUCUCAUCCUGCAACUUUACUUACGGAGAUUGCCAGCAUAGCCGAGAAUCGUAUGGGAGGAACAUCCGGUGCUUUGUACGGUUUAAUGUUCACCACUGCCUCAGCCAGUAUCAAAAAACAAAUUCUCAAAAAUAAUAAUUGGCUUCAAAUUUGGAUGGAAGCUUGGUCUGCGGGAAUUGAAGGAAUAAAAAAUUACAGUGCAGCUCGUUUGGGAGACAAGACAAUGAUCGAUGUUUUGGAGCCUACGCUUCAAGAUUUGAAAAGUAAUUUUGCAAACGACGCAGUAUUGUCUAUAGUGGCGAAAGCUGCUGAGAAACACGCCGAAGCGACAAAAUAUUUGAUUCCUAGGGCUGGCCGAGCGAGCUAUGUAAAACAAUUGAAAUACCUUAAAGACAUGGAUGCUGGUGCGUUUGGUGCAUCGGUGUGGAUCAAAGCCAUCGCAACAGCAAUGAUAGACUUAUCGCUUUAACCCAGGCAAAAUAAACGUCCAUUUGAGAGUUUUUCAGAACACAGUAUGUUAUGAAAAAAAUAUCUCCCUGAUUGUCUCUAUUGUUAUACAUUGUCAAUUAUUUUAUUGCUUACUUUAUUUCUCCAAGUACUAAGUAAAAAUUGUUUUAUAAUUUCUAUGUUUAACAAAAAAAAAAAUAACGAAAUUCAUGUUAAGUAAAAGUUGUUU